AUGCAAACAAUCAAAAACACAAUCGCCGAAAACUUCGGCAAAACAAUCUCUGGCGCCCACUCCCUCGCACCCGCAGACCAGCAAUUCUCCCUCGAGGAAGUCCCCGACCUCAGCGGCAAAGUCGCCGUCGUAACCGGCGGCUCCGAAGGCAUAGGCUACGGCUGCACGCACACGCUGCUCUCCAAAAACAUCUCCAAACUCUUCAUCAUCUCCAUGAGCAAAGACAUCGCCUCAGACGCCAUCUCCGCCAUCGCCUCAGAACUCGGACAGGACAAAGCCUCCCGCGUAGAAUGGCUACAAUGCGACCUCUCCGACUGGUCCGCCGUAAGCCGGACCUCCUUUGAAAUCACCCAGAAAACCGACCGCCUCGACAUCCUCAUCAACAACGCCGGCCGCGGCAUCAUGACCUACCAACUCGCCUCCAACGGCGUCGACCUACACAUGGCCAUAAACCACAUGGGCCACGCAGUCCUAACCUCCCAUUUACUUCCUCUCCUAAAAUCCACCGCUGCCACGGGCACCAAAGUCCGCAUAGCGCAACUCGCUUCCAACGCGCACCAAAACGCUCCCAGCGACGUUUCCUUCUCCUCCCUCGAAGAGCUAAACCAGGAUCUGGGCCCCAACGGCCAGUACGGUCGCUCCAAACUCGCCGCCAUACUCUACGUCCGCUACCUAGCCCGGCACCUCGCAUCCUCGCAUCCAAACGUGCUGGUCAACGCCACCCACCCCGGUGUCGUCGAGACACGCCAAUCCGUCGAACACAUCCACGAGGCGUAUCCGCUUGCGGGUUACGGCGUCAGCGUGGGGCUCGCCCCAUUUAAAAAGACGCAGUUUGAAGGUGCGGUUAGCACCAUGUUUGCGGCGACGAAGACGGAGAAGAGUGGGCAGUAUGUUUGUCCGCCUGCGAUUCCGGAGCCGGGGAGCGAGAUGUCGAGGGAUGAGGAGUUGGGGGAGAGGUUGAUGAAGUUGACGGAGGAGGUGGUGAGGGAGAAGACGAUGGGGGAGAGUAAGGGGAAGGGGUGUCCGUUUAGGUUUUACUAG